ACUUAACUCGAGGAGCUUGGACACUUUAUCGCUAUCUGCUGUGAAUGUGGCGUUCGCCCAGUACCGCAUGCAUCAUUCAUUCCAUUCUGCAUACUUUUAUACCCGCGCUUCUUUGCCUCCUGUCGGCGCGCAACUCGGAUCAGACGAAAAUCUGGCAGCCUUAUUACGCGCGAUAUUACAAGAAACCACAUUCGCUUGCUUGCUUGUACGGAUAUUGAAAUCAAAUAUCCACAUCUGAACCCCCUGCGUAAUCUUUACUCUUUGUUCUAGAACGAGAAGGGGGUUGUAAGAAUCCCAUUCCCCCGUCUUUCAACCCCGGUUUGCGCGUCUGCGCGGUGUGCCGGAACCAACGAGCCAACCAUGACCGCGGCCGCAGCGGCAGCAUCGUCGGCGGCGGCGGCGCUACCAGUCGUUGACCUGCGGUCCUUCGACUCGGUCGAGGAUCUGGCGGCCGACCUCAUGCGCGUCGGCAAGGACCCCGGUUUCUUCUACGUUGUUGGACACGACCUGCGCGACGACGUUGCAGCCGACAUGUUUGCUCUCGCCGAGACUUUCUUCAGCUCACCCCUUGAAGAGAAAUUGGCAUACGCCAACGGCAGCGGCGAUCUGGGUUACACCGGUAUGAGAGAAGAAACGCUUUCUGGAGCAGGGCCGGGCGACGUUAAAGAAUCCUUUUACCUAUCAGACCCCGGCAAAACGACGCAGCUACUUCCAACCGAGUUGGAAUCCCGCCGGAAAACAAUGGCAGCCUUCUUUGCGGGUUGCGAUAGCCUCUCAAAGACUCUUUUGGAAGCGCUCGCAGUUGGAUUAGGCAUGCCAAGGGAUUUUCUAUCAAAAGCCCAUACUGGCGAAAGUUGUCGUAUGCGUCUCAUAAAUUACCCCCCGGUAUCUCACGUCGCAUCGUCCACAACUUCUUCCUCCACCUCCCCAGACGACGCCCCGACCUCCCACUCGGAGGAUAUCCGAGCGGGUGCCCACUCCGAUUACGGCUCACUCACCCUGCUUUUCCGCCAGCCCUCGGACCAGGGCGGGCUCCAGGUCCUGCGAGGAGGAGGAGGAGACAACAACGCCGUUGCGUGGGCCGACGUUCCCUGCAUCCCCGACGCCGUUGUCGUCAACAUAGGCGACGCCCUCGAGUUCUGGACCGCAGGGAGGCUGCGGUCCACGGUGCACAGGGUCGCGUUCCCCAGGUCCGCGAGCGAGAAUGUCGCGAGGUUGAGUAUACCCGUUUUUAUACAGCCUGACCGCCAUGUCGUGUUGGCGCCGAUCAAGGAGGAUCGAAAAGAUGGCGGCGGUGCGGACGCCGAGUUCUUGGAGGUUCUGAGGAGAAAGGGGUAUGAGAGUGCCGAGCCUGUUACCAGUCUGGAGCAUUUGAAGCGGCGGAUACGGGCGACGUACGGCAAGGUUUGAUUCGCAUUUUCGUUGGAUUCAUCAGCGUCGUUGGUAAGCACGGCAUGACAGCGAGCAUUUUCUUUCGACACAUCAUAUUAUUCCAAGUUUGAACCUCUCGCUCGGUAGUCGAGUCUGCAAAUAUCUGUACAUACUUUAGGUAGCACCAGUUAGUGUAAGGAGGUAAGUACGCCAUGGGACGUAUACGAGAAAAAUAGCACACUCUUAUUUCGUACAUACUACAUUUCACCAGCCAUGCGUCCAACAUUGGCACGCUUGCGGAUUCU